UUUGGGCAACGUUGACUGGGAUGCAACUGACGACGUGAAUGAAGACUAUGUAGAGGGAGAAGAGGAUUACGAUGACGAAGCAGACGCUGAGGGCGUGGACGACGACGACAACAACGAUGAAAUCGCCCGGAGGCUGAACGAGCAAUUGUGGGCCGACAUUAGCAAAGCGCAGGCGGACGCUCAGGCCAAUCCUGAUGCACAUCCUUUGACUGGAAGUAACAAACAUUUGGCGGCAAUAGCUACGGUUCGCGCUAUCAUCGCAUCGCUCGACCAAGACCCAGUCGCGCGGGGCGUGCUGGCGAGCACGGUUGUACCUGGUCCAGAGUGCGACGGCGCGACGGUGCUGCAGGUUUUUCAUCGGAUAGUGGUGGGAUCGGAGGAAAACAACGCAUACAAGGUGCCGAAAAGCGUUGCGAAGGUGUUGAGUGCAAUAGUGCUCUCGAUUGUCGGCAACCAAACGCUUUUCGCGGGACUAUCAGCUGCGAAUGGCGAGGGAAAACGCAAGCGAGAGGAUGAAGAGACGCUUUUCGGCACAAAGAGGACGCGAACGAACGAGAUGUACCAUCCGGUGUUCGACGCUGUGCGCACCAUCGCCGAUACGCUCGCAGCGCCCUCCUCAAGCGCGGUCGUGGAUGCCUCUACGAUAUCCACCAUUCAAGUGGCUCUUUACCAGGUGUUCCUCUUCGCAGUCACAUCUGCACCCUGCGCAGCAUCUCCCGCUGCUACCUCCGCUCUGCAAGACAUCGGCGCGCUUAUACAAGUUUUAGGCGUCCUCAGCGGCGUCAAAAUCGAGCAUUCUUCCCAAUUGUCGAAUACGUCCACCACCAUCGUGGAUAUCGGCGCAGCCGUGUACCCCUGCACAACAUCCGGCUGCUCCAAGGUCUUUUCCCGUCUGUACUCCCUCCGCCUCCACACCCGCACGCACGAGCAGCCGCAGGGCGAUCCGCGCCCGUUCAAGUGCGCACAGUGUCCCGCGAGCUUCGUGCGUAACCACGACCUGAAGCGACACGCCCGCCUGCAUGACCGCCGCGCAUGGAGGUGUGGCGGGUGCUCGAAGAUUUUCUCAAGGCGAGACGCGAUCAAGAGGCACAGGAACGCGGCAAGCAAGACGCCUGGCAGCGCGUGCGUGAAUGCGGAGGUGGAGGAGGUGGAUGUUCCUGAGGAGGCUGAGGGCGAGGACGGGAAGGAGGUGCGGAGGACGAAGAUGUGGAGCGGGAUGAUGGGCACGACGUUCAUGGGCGGGGCUCAGGGAGGGGUGGAGGAUGGGGAGGUUACCCUGGACGAGGUGACGACUCUGCAGGAGGAGGUGUUGAGACUGCAUGCAGUGCUGAAGUCGCGAGUCGAGCGUGCUAUGGGUGGACAAGGACGACAUGCUCUAAGUCCCACGAGCACUGGCGAUGCGACGCUCUCGGGUUCAUCAAACACCACCACCACAACUCCCGCUCCUUUUCAAGCGCAAGAAAACGGCGCUGCGCAGGAUAAUACCGCCUACAUGUCUCUCUCGUUUCCCUCGGACAGUCCUUCCACAUCUGGUAUCGCUGCGACGUCUUCCGCUCCGUUAUCGUCCUACGGUCUUUCGGAGGAGCAAACCCGCCUGUUGGAGGCUGCGAUUGCGCAAGCUGCGAGUGCGGCGCAGGCCCAAGCUGAGGCGGAAGCGCUGGAAGAGGAGGAGGAUGAAGAAAAUGGUGAUGGUGAGGAGAACGUCGAGACGGGAGCUGAGAGCGGUGGAGCUUUGACGGCAGACGUUGAAGCGACGGUGGAGGAAGAGGAGGUAGACGAUGAUGAUGACAUGGUUGAGGAGGAUAUACCUGCUAUGUCCGGUGCGGCUACGUGAUCGCGGUGUGGGCCAAUCAGAUUGUGAGGUUCUGCUAGACGCGUGUCUACCCACCCUGGUGGUUCAACAGGUAUCCGCCAGCUGACAGCAGAUACCUUAACGACCUCUGGCGAUUAAAACUUGGCACUCUUCUUCGAUCCCGACCGAUACAUUCACAACGUCAUUGCCUCCACCGGCGUCUUGCAUACGAGGCAAUCAUCAGUACCGUUUGGAAGCGCCCACGUUUUCCAUUCAGGUCGAGCUUCGGUCACAAAGCUUCUCCGAUCGUUCCAAUCAUCAAUUUCGUGGACGACUUGAUGGCAUUCAUGAGUAGCUGUAUUUCAGUCGGCACCCCCUUCAUCUUACAUCGGACCGUGGAUGGUCGGCUCCUGUGUCUAUCGACGUUCAUCCUGGCUUCCUUGCAUUCCCCGAUCUUGUCGGCAGUUCCUGAUCGGACCACCAUAAAACGGGACAGGGCGCUAUCAGAAGUCCUGAAAACGUGGUUCCGACAGGGGAGGAGGUAGCAGAGACCAUAUAGGGACAUAUAGAGGGCCGCGAGGCAUAACACUGCACAGUCAGAAGCUCCAGCAUCUCUCCCUGUCCAACUCGAAUCCAGCGUCAAUUGCGCUGUAUCAACGACCGAUUAUCGUUGCGCUCGGGGUACUUACCGCCUUCUCUUCAGUGGGUGAUAGUUUCUCCCAUAUCGCUACUUCUGUCUGCCCCCUGGGUAAAUGUUGCUCUCCGCAGACGAAGUCGGUGCUUCGAUGCUAUCUUAUCUUGCCGCCCUUGUGAAAGAGCUACAUAUAAGUGUUCCCGAAGCCCUACCCACCAGAGCGAACGAGUCGGAAUCGCUUUGCCUCUUGCUUUCUGCUGACCACGCCAGAAGAAACCCAAAAUGGCCGAAUCCGAGUUCAGACCUUUGCUCUCGCAAAGUGUUGGCUAUGGUGUCGUCGUCGGUGUCGGAUUCUUCUUCGCAGCAGUGAUGCUGGUCUUGACAUACGUUCAAACCAAACACACGAAGCUUUCACCUCAUUCUUCAGAGGAGUUUUCUAGUGCCUCGAGGAGCGUGAAACCCGGGUUGGUUUGUUGUGGAAUAGUAAGCGCGUGGACAUGGAGUGCAACCUUGCUCCAAUCUAGCACUGCUGCAUACACCUUUGGCGUCAGCGGACCAUGGUGGUACGGCGUUGGGGGAACAAUACAACUCGGUAUCUUCGCUAUGGUCGCAGCUAAGGUCAAAAUCAAUGCCAACGGAGCGCAUACCUUCCUCGAGAUCGUAAAGGUUCGCUUCGGGACAGCCGCGCACCUGGUGUUCACUUUUUAUGCCGUUCUCUGCAACCUAGUAGUCAGCGGUUCUUUAAUCUUGGGUGGAGCCGCCACGGUGAAUGCGCUGACGGGCAUGCCCAUCAUCGCGGCAUGUUUCCUGUUACCGAUUGGUAUCGCCGUUUACGUCGUCUUCGGCGGACUACGUGCUACCUUUAUAUGCGAUUAUGCGCACACAGUGAUCUUAUUCACCAUCAUAUACCUCUUUAUCUUCCGAGCAUAUGGAACUGCCGAAGAUAUCGGCAGUCCGAAUAGCAUGUACGACCUGCUGGCGCAAGCGGCCCGAAAUACGCCUGUGGUGGGGAAUCAGAACGGCAGCUAUUUAACGAUGAAAUCCAACCAGGGCUUGGUGUUUGGUGCUACCACUAUCUUGUCGGGCUUUGCCGGCGUGUUUUGCGACCAAGGUUAUUGGCAGAGAGCCAUUGCCAGUGCGCCUGAAUCCACCACAAAAGCCUAUAUGCUCGGGGGUUUGUCUUGGUUCGCGGUACCCUGGGCCUUCGCGUCGUGUUUGGGCUUGGCUGCCCGAGCUUUGUUGACGAACCCGAAGUUUCCAACGUACCCUAAUCCUUUGUCAGCUUCACAAGCGAGUGCUGGACUGGCCGCUCCCGCCGCUGCCGCGGUUCUAAUGGGUAAAGGUGGCGCUGUCGCUAUUCUACUAGUGGUCUUUAUGGCCGUUACUUCGGCGGCGAGCGCAGAGCUUAUCGCGGUCUCGAGCAUCUUUUCAUAUGACCUGUAUCGUGUUUACUGGAGGAAAACGGCUGGCGGCACGGAGCUUGUACGCGUCUCGCACUAUUUCAUCGUGUUCUGGGCCAUCUGGAUGGGCGCUUGGUCAACUAUCGUGAAUAAAGCUAGUAUUGACCUCGGAUGGCUCUUCUACGUGCAGGGCGCAGUGCUGAGUCCAGCGGUAAUUCCGGUUGCAUUGACAGUUGGUUGGAGCAAGUUGACGGCAGCCGGUGUCUUAUCCGGUUCAAUCAUCGGCGCCAUCCUUGGUAUACUCGCAUGGAUGAUCGGGUGUCUGAAGAUUUACGGAACAAUCAACAUAACAAACUUGGCUCUACCAUACUCCGCGAUCUGCAGCGGGCUCACCGGUCUUCUCUUUUCCGGAAUCAUCACUGUUGUAGUCUCCCUUCUCGGCCGUCAGAACUAUGACUUCUCCGGGACGAGGGCUAUUGCUAUGGUGGACCCGGUAGUCAAAGAGGAUAUGCAAGACGUUCCUGAAGAAGAAGCAAAGCGACCCAGUUCCAGCGUGGGAGCACAGGAGAAGAACGACAAGGAUCCGGAAGCUGGGGUCACCACUGUGACAACGAUUCCCGUCGCGUCGGAGACAAUCCCGCCCUUCGCUCAGGAAGGACACAAGCCUGCAAGUCGGGAAGUGUUGCAGGCUGUGUACAGAAGGGCAGCGUGGAUGUCGCUGGCUCUGACCCUAUGCGUAGCUAUCCUUGUACCGUUACCCAUGUUCUUCUCGCACUAUGUUUUUAGCAAGGAAUUCUUCACCUUCUGGAUUGCGUGCACGAUCAUCUGGGCUUUCCUGUCGGGCACAUUCUGCAUCAUUCUCCCCGUUGUGGAGUCUCGGAAACAGAUCUUGACAAUUGUCAGAGCAUCUCUCCGGGCAUUGCGUCUCGUUGGGCACGACCAUAGCAAGGCGUGAGAGAAGCAGGCCUGGAAAGCGAACGUGCUGUUGUAGCCACCUGAAUACUUGAAUUGAGUACUUGAAUGCUAAGAAACUGCCUCGGCAUCUGUGUGCAUGCUGAUGCUGUUAAUUACUGAGGGACCGCCGCGGCCCAGGUCGAGUGGCACGCCCUGGCAUCCCCGCAAUCUUUCUCUCAUACAGGAACUUCCAUUCUCUUCCUGGGUAAAUGCUGCACUCCGCAGACAAAGUUAGCUCUUCGACGCUAUCUUAUCUUGCCGUGCUUGUGAAGAUGCUACAUAUAGCUGUUCCGGAAGCCCGUGUGGUCACUGGAGCGCAAGAUUUAUAACGUUGACGUUUGCUCGGUCUUGAUCUCUUGCGCCCGCGUUGAGCAACUGAAAAGUUAUGUCUUCAACGGCCGAGUCCGCAUUCAAACCCC